AUGGCCCCCGUGUCGCCAGCCAAGGAGCUUGCCAAGCCCAAGAAGAAGGCGACGACCAUCUCCAAGUCGAUUUCGCGCGUCUUUCGCCGGGCCAAGGCGAGCGUCAGUAGCAACAACAGCGACAGCAGCAGCGCCUCCACGCUCGCGGCAAGCUGCCCGAGCGACGCCGGCGAGAUCGAAGAGCUCUUUCUUCAGGCGGUUGACGGACUCGCGCUGCCAAAGACUGCGAUGGACCGCAUGCACGCGCUGCCACUGCAUCAAAAGUGGCAGAUCAUCCACGAGUGGAGUGCCAAGCAGGGCGCCGACACGACGUCCGAGCCGCGCACGUGGGUGCAGACGCUGCACGAAGCCCUUGACGACCUCUCCAGCUUCUCGGACCAAGACGCGCGCGAGCUCCACGUCUUGAUGCGCGGGAGCGACAAGGAGUGGCUCACGCAAUUCCACAAGGACGAUGGCAUUGCAGCGCUGAGCGACCUCACCGGUGUGUACGCGGCCAUGGACGACGGCGACGCGUACGCCACGCGCUUCACCGAGUGCCUCAAAUGCUUCAAGUCGCUCAUGAACAACCACGUCGGCAUGCACUUUCUGCUCGAGCACCCGAGCGCAGUGCACACGCUGGCGUUUUCGCUUGACUUUGAUCAGAAAGAGCGGACGCUCAUGCUCCUCGAGAUGCUCUCGCUCACGUGCUGGUUCUCGGCGCUUGGGCAUACAACGGUGCUCGAUGCCAUGGAGCUGCUCCGGCGUCGCCAGAACGAGCGCAUGCGCUACGCCAGCCUGCUGCAUGGCAUGGCGACCGCGUCGUCGGUCGAAGUCCAAGCGGCGUGCUUGACGUUCAUCAACACGCUCGUGAGUACGAGCGUCCGCGUGGACGACCGCAUUCUUGUCCGGAAUGACUUUUUGGCGCUUGACAUCGUGCCACUCUGCCAGCGCGUCCUCACCGGCUUCGAGUCGACUGCGACGCCACAUUUGGUCUAUGGCAUGUACGGCUUUGGCGACUUGGAAGUGGAGGCGAUGGGCCGCUUCCGCAAGCAAGCGCAGGUGUUUCAGGGCUUGCUGCGCGCCGAUACGGACGAAGUUGUGUGCGGCGCCUUGGACUUGAGCGACGUGCGCGCCGUUCUGAGCAAGCUCGUGGAGAACGCGAGCGUCCAGGGCUGCAGCGAUCGGCUCCUGCAUGUGGCCCUCGCGCUCCUUGUGAUCCCGAACGAAGUCGCGAUGGGCCACACCAUGUGGGACCUGGUCGAGGCUUCGGCCCUCGACAUUACAUCGGCGCUGCUCCCGGAGCUCACAGAGAAGAAGCGGUCGAUGGUCACCGCCGUCAAGAGGUGGCUCGAACAGCGCGCGACAGCGUCGUCUGAAGGAAUCGAAUCCAACCGAGUCGUGUUGGAAGAGACACCGUUGGCAGUGCAGACCCGCCUCGUCGAGGCGACGGCCACAAUAGCUCAGCUGGAAGCCGAGGUCGACCGGCUCCGCUCCCAGCUCCAUGAAGCAACGACCAUGCCGCCGCCGAGACAAGCCACUACUACCAAUGCAUCAGACAACACACUUGCGACAACUUUGCCAGAAGCCGCGGCGCCGCACGAAGCGUACGCCAAGUACUUCAAGCUGCUCAAGAUGGGGAUGCCACUCGAGCAAGUGCAGCUCAAAGUCAAAGCCGACGGCCUCGACCCGGCCGUGCUCGCCACGAGCGCGCCACUCGCUGCGCCGACGGUCGAUGCGUCCUAUGACAAGUACUUCAAGUUGCUCAAGAUGGGGAUGCCUCUGGAGCAAGUGCAGCUCAAGGCCAAGGCCGACGGGUUGGACCCAAGUAAGCUCGCAGUGGCGACACCCGAAGCGCCAGCAACGUCGGCGGUCGUCGAUACGCGAUACGAAAAGUACUUCAAACUGCUCAAGAUGGGCAUGCCACUUGAGCAAGUCCAGUUGAAGGCCAAGGCCGACGGACUCGACCCGGCCAAGCUCAGCGGCGGUGCGACGUUGUCGCCACCCGACGGCCAACCAGCACCACCCAAGUCAAACAUGGCAGCCGCCACCGUCGUCGCUACUGCCCCAGUGCGCGCUGUUUCCAAGCUGCCGCCAAAGAAGACGCCGACGCCGUCGACCAAGAUGCGCAAUCUCUUUUGGACGCCACUACCCGACGUCGUCGUUGAAGGGUCGAUCUGGGCGACGCUGGACGAGACGACGUUGAGCUUGGACUGGUCCCUGCUCGAGCGCGAGUUUGGCCAAGAAGUUUGCGUGAAAACCGCCAAGACCGCUGUGACCAAGGCCAAAGUAGUGCACUUGGUGGACCCCAAGCGGCAGCAAAACUGCUCCAUCGCACUCACCCGCUUCCGCCUCUCGCCAACAGAGCUCUGCGAUGCGAUUUUGUCGUUGAACGAGUCCCUCUUGACCUUGGAGCGGGUUUCGAUCCUCGAAGCGCUCGUCCCGACGACUGACGAGCUCGAUCUCAUCAACAGCUACGAGGGCGACAUGACGCUUCUUGGCGAGACCGAAAAGUGGUUUGCCGCUGUGCGUCACGUCCCUCGACUACCCCAGCGUCUCCAGUCGAUUUCGAACCAGCUCAGCUUUGCAUCGCGCUUUGACGAUCUCAAAGCCAAGCUCUCGACGCUCGAGAAGGCGCGGAGCACGCUGCACGCGGCAACGCCGACACUGCUGCCCCUUCUGCACGUCGUCUUGGCGGUCGGCAACUACAUGAACAACGGUACGGCCCGCGGCGGUGCAUACGGGUUCAAGCUCGAGAUUUUGCCCAAGCUGUCGCAGGUCAAAGCCACGAGCAGCACCCGGACGCUCUUGCAUGUGGUCGCCGAGGUCGUGAAAGCAAAAGCGCCCGACGCACUCGCGUUUCUCAGCUCAGCCACGUGCUUGGAAGCGGCGGCGACAGUGUCUUUGCCGCAGCUACUCUUGGACGCCACGGCCUUGGAGCGAAGCGUCGACCUGGUCCGCCAAGAGGUCGGGCACCAGCCGGAUGCGGCCUUCCGCCGACGCUUUGGUCCGUUUGUCGACACGAGCAGCAUGUCGCUGGAGCGGCUCCGCGCCGACGUGAGCUCGCACGAGACCAAGUUUGCGGCGCUCUGCACGCGCUUUGGCUUCAAGCAACCCGAUGCGACCGGGUUCUUUGGGCUUUGGUCCGACUUUGGCCGGCAGCUCGUAGCCGCGGCCCGCGAGCUCCAAUCGUCGACGGCCGCCGAGCCUGAAGACGGCGCCGGCCUCUUCAACCAGUUCUCCGAGUCGCUUGCAGGCGAUGCGACAGACAUUGUUGCCAAGCUCCGCAAACGCCAUGCACCGGCGACUGCGCCCGCUGGAGUCCCCAACGAGCUCGCGCUCAAGCUCGCGCGGCGCCGGCAGAGCACGCUCAAGACGUCGUAGCGGUGUGGAUCAAUACUGCGUACAGGAGACUUGACGGAUAUAUAAUACAUACACGUGG